AUAAUUCAAAGAUUAGAAGAGGAAGAAGAAACGAAAAACAAAAUCCCCAAAACCAGAUACACGUACAACUAAAAAACUACAUAUAUUUGUAUUAAAAAUGGCAAAUUAAUUAGCUGGUUUUGUAAAUGGUGUUAAUAAGAAAAGGUGGCUAUUUACUUUUAUAAAUAGAAACCUCUCAUCUCUUCCAGCUUCCAUUUUCUUUCUGCUCAGAGAAAUAAUACCUCAAAAACCCAGUUUCCUUUUGUUGCUGUUCUUAGUUAAUUAUCAUACUUUCCCUCCUCUAUUUUCCUUUUCUCUCCAGUUAGCAACCAUGGUGUAUCCCAAUGAAUCCCAGGAGAACUCAAAGAAAAUGGGGAGGGGAAAGAUCGAGAUCAAGCGGAUCGAAAAUAACACCAAUCGUCAAGUUACCUUCUGCAAAAGGCGCAAUGGUUUGCUCAAAAAGGCCUAUGAAUUAUCAGUUCUUUGCGAUGCUGAAGUUGCUCUGAUCGUCUUCUCCAACCGCGGCCGCCUCUAUGAGUAUGCUAAUAACAGUGUAAAGCUACGAUUGAUAGGUACAAAAAAGCUUGUGAUUCCUCCCAUGCAGGGUCAGUUUCUGAAACAAAUACUCAGUUCUACCAGCAAGAAGCCGACAACUACGCAAUCAAAUCCGGAAUUUGCAGAAGACGAACAGGAUAUGCUAGGUGAGUCACUGCUUGGAUUGCCUAUGAAGGAGUUAAAGAGCUUGGAGUCUCGUUUAGAAAGAGGAAUUAGCAAAAUCCGUUCCAAAAAGAAUGAGCAGCUGUUUGCAGAAAUUGAGUAUAUGCAGAAAGGAGAAUGACUUGCAGAACAAUAACCAACUUCUCCGAGCAAGGAUAGCUGAGAAUGAGAGGAAGAUGCAGAACAUGAAUUUGAUGCCAGGAGGGUCUAACUUUGAGGCCAUGACUUAUCCGGCAAUGGACUCUCGAAACUACUUUCAAGUCAAUGCCUUACAACCCACUAAUCAUUUCCAACAACAGGACCAGAUGGCCAUUCAAUUAGUGUAAGCAUUUUUAAGGUUUCAGCAGCUGUUUCUGAGUAUUUUGUCAGAUGAAGGUAGCAGCAAGUACCCAGGAAAGGCUAUAAGGCAGGACCCUAGAAUUCUUCUGCCAUGGAUAUGUCGAGUGUGUUAAUGUAAGACUGAUAAAAAAAUGUUUGUUUUUCCAGACAAGAACUCCUUUUUCAUAAAUGCUUAGAGCAUGGACUUAUAAUUCUACAAA